CAGUUCUCAAUUCUCAAAGCCGCAUUAGCCUCAAUUGCAACAUGGCCGGUUGGAACAGCAUCAUUUUUGAGGACCCGACGUCUGGUCAUCCUAUGCUGCCUCAGGUCGUUCAAGUUAUGCGAUGCAUCUAUACUGCCAUCAAUCCAGAACGUCCACCACCAUUUACGGUGGACAUCUGGUGGCACUCGUUAAGCCUAUCAUACCAGGUACAGGAGUCUGGACGCGAACCAUCAAUUGUCAUCCUCAAUCUUCGAGAAGGAGAACCACAUCAGCCGGCUAUGGACACCCAUUUUAUGAUCAACUUGAACACCAUGCGUGUCCAUGAUAAAUUUCAGGACCAUCGUUUCCCGGUACCCCAGGAGAUCCUGCCCGUCCUAGGAGAACUUAAAGAAUACGUGAGGAGCACUGUCCGAGGCAGAUGGGAAGCGAAAGAAGCGCAGAACCGCGAGACAGCCCGUCGCCUUGAGAAAGAGCGAGAAGAACAACGAAAUCGAGUACAGGCCUUUUGUCGUGGUCUUGUUGAGAACGGUUUCAUUGAUGAAGAUGAUGCGAGUCACUUCUCCGGUGACAGUCUGCAUUGUCCUGUCUGUUCAGCGAGGCAGACAUCGUGCAAUAUGUGCAAGGUCAUCUCCUGCUCCAAUGGUGACUGUGAAGUCUCUUCCGCCAUUCCUAUCGUACAGUGUUCCAAUCAUCACAACACGAAAUUCUGCACCUCGUGUUUGGAACUUCCAGGCUCUCUGCCGCGUCUGGGCAAAUGUCCCAUGUGCGCACGCUGGUUCUGUUCAUCAGAGCUUCAAUGGUGUAUCGGGCGCCCAGUUUCUAAUGACGGAACCGGACUUUCCCCACCAAAUAUUGAUGUAACCCGAUUACACUCUGCGCGUCCCUUGUCUUGCCGGACCAUCGCCUGUAUGGAUAAUAGCCGAGAGAACGGAAAGAAUGGGCGUCGCUGCUGCAAUGCUCGUUGUUGGUCUCGGGUGGGUACCGCAACGUGCCCUGAUUGUAUCACACAGGAUAGUUUCGCCUGUCCCUGUGGUCAAUACUGGACUUGAGGUGGCUGUGAGUCACAGGCUUCUUCCGCUAGUCGGUUUAUCACAUGCCCUGGGUGCCACCGGCGUUUCUGUUCAUCGUCGUGCUCAUA